AUGGAAACUGAAGCUGCCUUCAACAACACCAACAAACUUCUGAGCUCCUACAUGAAGGAACUUUUUCACCUAAAGUCAACGGCCCAGGACAUCGAGGUCAAAGUUGAAAAUGGGCUAAACGUCACUAAAAUUCAUUUCGAAGAUAAAUUGGAAGCGGUUCAGAAAAAUAACGAAGUACAGAAAAACGUUGCCUUCUCAGCAACCAUCAUUGAGUCUGCUGAUUCGUUCACCGGACCGUACUCUCCUGGUACUAGCAAUAUCCUUAAAUUUGACCGAGUCUUCACAAAUUUUGGCAACGCCUACAACAAAAAGACAGGGGUCUUCACGGCUCCGGUGAACGGGAUUUAUCACUUCAGCUUCAUGACCUUCGGUUACGGCAGCCACACGUCGGGAGCCAUCUUGGUGAAGAAUGGGAGUUACCAAGUGAGCACCUGGGAGUUCACAGGGCUGGACGCCAGCGACACAACCAGCAACUCAGUCAUACUGGAGAUGAACGCCGGAGACUGUGUCAAUGUCAUUUUGUGGCAAGGCAGUAAAAUACACACGGGUGUUUUCAGUGGCUUCCUCGUCUUCCCAUUGGUCUAAAAAAAAUUUUUGUUGACACUGUCACUGUGUUGUGAUAGUACAGUAUGUAUGAGACAGAUAAUCUGUGAAAGAAAAGAAAAUGAAGGUCCAGUCCUGUCAAAAUGUAUACUUUUCACAAAAUACAUUUGUGUUUGAUUCUUUGCUAACUUUGCAUCAUUUGUAAUAAAUCUUGUAAUUAAGUAUAUACAGUAUA